UGUGAUACUGGGGUUGAAGUGGGGACUAGUGGACUGCUUUCCCACAUACAGGACGUGCAUGUUUUUCCGCAAAUUUCGAAGAAGUCCCGUUAUACUUGUUGGUGGAGUGGCUGUAAAGUCUAUGGACGUCCCAGUGUUUCAUCAAACUGGCUAUCACGACAUGUUCAGCAGCAUUCAGAGGCUAAAGGCAAACCGUUCUCGUGUAUUUUUGAUGGUUGUUUUCAGCGAUUUUCCUCCUCGAAUUUACUUGAACGGCACAUUGAUCGUCAUCACGUAAACCCUGAUGCUUUAUGCGGAGGCGCGUCCACUAAGAGGUCUGGCUCUUUACCAAUAAUGCUUGAAAAAACUAUUUGUGGCAAUAGGAAUCCAGUAAGUGUCAAAAAUUGUUCCCGACGGGUAGCGAAAAGAAAGAAAAAAUUGCGGUAUUUCCGAGGUAAGUAUUUUCCUAUUCAAAGCAUUCCUAUAUUAUGUUUUUUCCCGAUGUUAUUGAUUAGGCGCAUAUCCCAAGCCGAUGAAUGCCUAUUCGUGGUUACUUUAGCCGCUAUUUUAUGGGGUUUUGUGGCUAUUUGUGUUCGUUACCGCUCACAACUCCCACACUAUGUGAAAUCUAUCUGCAUACGAGCAUCAUUUGUUCUUGUGCUUCCUUCCUUCGAUAAAAUAUCUCGCUUUUUUAAAGUAUUGACUUUCCUUUUGUGUAUGACUAAUGGCAUAAGUCGUUAG